CACCCCAAAGCCUUCUCUUUUCCAGGCUGAACAAUCCCAAUUCUCUUAGUUUUUCCUCACAGCAAACUGCUCUGUCCCUCUAAUCAUCUUGGUGGUCCUCCACCUUUUGGACUUGCUCCAACAGGUCAAUGUCCUUCCUGUGCUGGGUAUUCCAGAGCUGGAUGCAGUAUUUCAAGUGUAGUCUCAAAUAAAUAUGUUAAGGUAAAUGUGUUUUCAUGUCCAGUGGCCUUAAUUAACUAUUUCAAGUAUAUCCUUGCUGCCUAGUUUCCAUUUCUUUCACUUGUUUGGAGAUUCUGGCAGUGAAUGCAGUUUUCUGCAUGGUUCUUUUCCUUGAGCAUUUGCAGUUUCUGACAGUAACGUUUUCUGAUAAUUGUUCCUUGGUUUCACUCAUUCCCAGAUAGCUUUGUCUUUCUUCUUCUCCUUCUCUAUGUAUCUUUUCCUUUUUUCCAGUUUGAUUGCUGCAGUCCUUCCACACUUACUUCCUAUAUCCACUAGAAAGCUGACCCUGUCUUUGCUCAUUUUUGUGCAGCUUUGGACUGUAAAGCUGCACAAUUCUCAUAAAGUAUUUGUUGAAGAAAUGCCGACCUCAGGUGGCUGUGGUUUUUAUUCUGAAAUCUAUUUUUUUUUAGAAAUUAACUAAAAUUUCUACCAUUUCGUAAGCAGGGCUUUGUAUUCUGUUUCCUACUCUCUAUAUUUCUAUAUUUCUUUCUAUUCUCAUAUUUCUGUAAGUAUUUGCACAUUUUAACUGUAUCAAGCUAUGUUCUCUUUUCCCCGUGUAUGCUUUAUCAUUAUAUAUUUUCACAGUGCUUCUGAUUUUGGCUUUUAAAAUUAUUAAUAUUUUUAAUCUAAGGACGGUCGUGUUUCUUUGGUGUAAUUACUAAAGAGACAUACAGGGUAAAACUGUUGUCUGUCUAGUGUGACUUGGAUUGUUUGCCCAGACUGAGGAUAAGAUCUUCAUGGGAAAGUAGUUCUGCCUGGUUGGGCUCCUGUGUGAAUACUGUUCUGACUAAGAGGACCCUGUUGUAUUUGAUUAGUGUAAAUAUUAAGGUUUUUAUGCUUAAAAAUACCAAGCACCCUUCUGAUUUUCCUGAAAGCUGUUUUAUCUUGUAAUGGUGAAGGGGACCACACACAUGCUCUCAUAUGUGUCCUGGGAUUUCCAGACAGCGUUUGUCUGAGAUUUGGCCUUUAUUCUGGAGUAAAAAGUAAAGUGAAACUUCCAGUGUGACUGCUGUUUGAAGAAAUAAAACUGCCAGGAAUACAAAUGUCACUGGUUAUUGAGUCUCUGUACAGUGCACACCCUGACUAACAGGAGCUCCUGCAGGAGCUUGCCUGGCUGGGACACGAGUUCCUGAGCUUUCCCACUCCACUGUUAUGGCUGGUAAAUUUGCAAGUAAAUACAAACAUGGGAAAAGAUAUGAUGCUUCUGGAGUUAAUGACAUCCUUCCAAAAUCACUUAAUUGUGUGCUAGGCAGAGUUUCGUUUCCAUUAGUAAAUGCUUUGAUGCCUAGAGAUGAAAUGUGGGGUUGCCUCUUGUGUUAAGCAUUUGGGAGCUGGUAAUACACUCCAUGCUGAGGGCUUUGCAAACAUACAAAUCUGUUUGCUUCUCAGGGAAGACAUAGGCACAAGAGCAUGUAUGGAGGAGGGAAAUGGGAAAUUGUUAGGUAAGUGUUUUGCCACCUCACUUGCCUUUCUGUGGAAAUGACAACAGUGUCAUCCCUUUCGUGUUGCUUUAAACCACUCCUUUAAUUUGAGGUCCUGUAAAAUAAAUCUUGUUGUGAAAUCUUAUUUGGCCAGUUCCAGUCUCGUUCUGCUGAUAGAUUUUUCUGUCUGUUUGAUAAUAUUGCUCUGUUCUUUGUGUUUAAUCACUGGCAACUUACCAAUUAUUGCAUUCGGUUUAAAUUCCCGUUACCCCCUUCAGCUGGCAUUAAAUUCUGCCCCUUUGUUACCAGCUUCUGUUGCAUUUUUGUUUGUGUCUGUUUCGACAUGCCUUAGUGGCAAACUGUGGCAUUACAAAGAGCAGUUUCUUUACCUCAUUGCUGUAACAGUUUUCUGAGUUUUUGUAAGUAGGAGUAAAUUGCAUUUUUAAAAGCUGAAGACAAAAUUAUUUGAAACUUUUGUUCCUCUCUGUCUCCCCUGCAUUUGCUGUCUGUUAGACCUUUUUGGGUUUUUUCAAGUUUUCUGUAUUCUGGAAAGUAAAACCAGCUAGAUCAGAGUGAUACUCUAUCUUGUUCCAAAUAAGCACUUUGAUAGUAGUUUACAUCAGGGAGUGCAAGGUAUUUUUGCAGUGAAAUGGAGAGCCAACCCCUAUGGAAAACCUUUAUUAAAUGCUAGUAGUUGUAUGUUGUUGUAUCUGCUUGUGCGGGUCUUACCGACUACCAUGAGGCUAGAAUUUUAUAAAUUCUGCUAAUAAUUAACUUCCUAAUUGGACUGUUUUCCUCAGUGACUCUCACUGGAUUGUUCUGUGAAAAACCCCAUUUCUUUAGUUGUCUAUUCUUUUUACAGCGAAAUCAAACAUUCACAUCUUCUGUAGUUUAGCUGUUUUGUGCUUGCAUCUGGCUGUUCUGAUGUUUACCUUGGUGCUUUGGGAUCUGCUGAGGCCAGGCAUGCAGGGCUUCUUAUUCUGCCUCCUCAAACUAUUUAGUGAAGGAAGAUAAGAAUCAUGGAUCAAAAGAAAAGAGGAAAAUUGUGUCCUGCAGAAGGAUAGGUCCUUUUUUUACUAAACUGCUCUUUAUCUAACCAGGAAAAAGGAGAAACUUUUGCACAUGUAAUUAUGUGAGGAAAGCAGAGAGCUGGGUGUACUUCAUUAUAUUUACAGGCAGAGCAAGUGUGGUUCUUGUUUAGUAAUUGGCUGUAGAGGUAUUAAAGAUUAUUGGAAACUCAAAGGUCAGAAUUUUUUCUGGACCAGGGUCUGUGUGAACUGGAAGGCUACAGAGGCACAUGCAUAUCUGUGGCACAACUGCUGUGAAAGAGCUGACUUCAGAGGCUGUCCAACAGAACCUUGUUCCUGAGUGAAGCAACCGAUGAGUAUUUUCCUUCACCGGACUGUGAUCAAAGGAUGCAAAGAGAAGGUGCCAUCAUGUGAAUGUGAAACAGCUAAAUGAGAAACAGGACACCUGGGAAGGCUGAGCUGAAACUGCUUGUGCACAGAAUGACAGACUGAUUUCUAUUGGAGACAAGAUUCUGGAAUCCUUGCUCCUCCAAAGACUUGUGAUUGAGAGGAGAGGAGCCCGAGGAAGCACACAAAAGAGCAAUGGGAAUUGAGGGCCAUGGUUACCUGAGAUAAAUGGCAGAUCUCUGGGAGUCUCACCUUGUAGCUGUUUGCUUUAGCUUUUUCUCUCUCUGCAGCUGCACUUUCUUUGUUGUGAGCUGCUGCUGGGCGCUGCCAGGGCGGCACUGGAGAUCCCAAGCGCCAAUCCAGCGUGGGUGCAGAGCGUGAGGAGGGGCUGAGCUGCCCGCCUCACCAUGAUUCAGCUGUGGAAAGUGGUGCGGCACGUGCGACAGCUGGAGCUCCACAGAUUGAUCCUGCUGCUCAUUGCCUUCAGCCUGAUCUCCAUGUGCAUCCUGGCUUACUACGUCACUAACAGCCCCAAAAUCAAGGAGCCUCCACCCCUGCCCUUCAGCGACUGCAGCAACCAGCACCGCAUCUUGAUCCCACCGCAGGCCAGCUGGAGGCUCACGAAGUCUGUGGACACCUCGCGCACGGAUCCCGUGGUGCUCGUCUUUGUGGAAAGCAUUUACUCCCAGCUGGGGCAGGAAAUAGUGGCCAUCCUGGAAUCCAGCCGCUUUAAAUACAGGACAGAGAUCGCCCCUGGCAAAGGGGAUAUGCCCACCCUGACAGACAAAGACAGAGGACGCUAUGCUCUAAUUAUCUACGAGAACAUCCUGAAAUAUGUGAAUCUAGAUGCUUGGAACCGAGAGCUGCUAGACAAAUACUGUGUAGAGUAUGGAGUGGGGAUUAUAGGCUUUUUCAAAGCUAAUGAGAACAGCCUGCUCAGUGCACAGCUCAAGGGUUUCCCCCUUUUCCUACAUUCCAACUUGGGGCUGCGGGACUAUCACAUCAAUCCUAGUGCUCCCCUGCUCUACGUCACCCGGGCUAAUGAGGUGGAGCAGGGUCCUCUGCCUGGUGAUGACUGGACUGUGUUUCAGUCAAACCACAGCACCUAUGAGCCAGUGCUGUUGGCCAGCACGAAAUCCUCGGAGUCCAUUCCUCACCUGGCCACUCACAAAGCGUUGCAUGCCACAGUGAUGCAGGACCUGGGUCUGCAUGAUGGGAUCCAGCGGGUUCUCUUCGGCAAUAACCUCAAUUUUUGGCUGCACAAACUCAUUUUUGUGGAUGCCAUUGCCUACUUGACUGGCAAACGCCUCUGUCUCACGCUUGAUCGCUAUAUCCUUGUUGACAUCGAUGAUAUAUUUGUGGGAAAAGAGGGCACUCGCAUGAAAGUGUCCGAUGUAGAGGCUUUACUGAGCACCCAGAAUAAGCUGAGAACUUUAGUCCCAAAUUUCACCUUCAACCUGGGCUUCUCAGGGAAAUUCUACCACACAGGUACAGAUGAGGAAGAUGAAGGGGAUGACAUGCUGCUCAAGCACAGGAAGGAGUUCUGGUGGUUCCCUCAUAUGUGGAGUCACAUGCAGCCUCAUCUUUUCCACAAUGUCACUGUGUUGGCUGAGCAGAUGAAGCUCAACAAGCAGUUUGCUGUGGAGCAUGGGAUUCCCACAGACUUGGGCUAUGCUGUAGCCCCCCAUCAUUCUGGGGUUUAUCCUGUCCACACACAACUCUAUGAGGCAUGGAAAUCUGUUUGGAGCAUCCAAGUAACAAGCACAGAGGAAUACCCACACCUCCGGCCUGCCCGGUACCGACGUGGAUUCAUCCAUAAUGGAAUCAUGGUUCUGCCUCGACAGACCUGUGGUCUUUUUACUCACACUAUCUUCUAUAAUGAAUAUCCUGGUGGCUCAAAGGAGUUGGACAAGAGCAUUCGUGGUGGUGAACUCUUCCUGACGGUGCUUCUGAACCCAAUAAGCAUCUUCAUGACCCACCUAUCCAACUAUGGGAAUGACCGUCUGGGACUGUACACUUUUGAGAGCCUGGUCAAGUUUGUGCAGUGCUGGACCAACCUUCGCCUGCAAACAUUGCCUCCAGUCCAACUUGCAAAAAAGUACUUUGAAAUCUUCCCACAAGAGAAAAAUCCCUUAUGGCAGAAUCCCUGUGAUGAUAAAAGGCACAAGGAUAUCUGGUCCAAAGAGAAAACAUGUGAUCGACUCCCCAAGUUCCUCAUCGUGGGACCUCAGAAAACUGGUACAACAGCUGUGCACUUCUUCCUGACCAUGCAUCCAGCUGUCACCAGUAACUUCCCAAGUCCAUCCACAUUUGAGGAGAUCCAGUUUUUUAAUGGCCCCAACUAUCACAAAGGAAUUGAUUGGUACAUGGAAUUCUUUCCCAUUCCCUCCAAUGCCAGCACAGACUUCAUGUUUGAGAAGAGUGCCAAUUACUUUGACACAGAGGUGGUACCAAAACGUGGUGCAGCCCUGCUGCCUCGAGCCAAAAUCAUUACUGUUCUUAUCAACCCUGCUGACCGAGCCUAUUCAUGGUAUCAGCACCAGCGUGCUCACAACGACCCCGUGGCCCUCAAUUACACCUUCUACCAAGUGAUCUCUGCGAAAUCCCAGGCCCCUCAGGAACUGCGCAACCUGCAGAGCCGAUGUCUGUUCCCUGGCUGGUAUUCCACUCACCUGGAGCGCUGGCUGACCUACUAUCCUUCUGGGCAGCUUCUUAUUGUGGAUGGUCAGGAGCUGAGACACAACCCUGCCUCUGUAAUGGACAACAUUCAGAAGUUCUUGGGAGUUACACCACUCUUCAACUACACCCAGGCCCUAAGAUUUGAUGAAGCAAAAGGAUUUUGGUGCCAGCUGCUAGAUGGAGGAAAGACUAAAUGCCUAGGAAAGAGUAAAGGAAGGAAAUAUCCUGAUAUGGAUUCCUUGUCACGGCUCUUUCUAAGAGACUUCUACCGGGAGCACAACAUUGAAUUAUCCAAGCUGAUGAACAGGCUUGGGCAGCCCCUUCCAACCUGGCUCCGAGAGGAACUGCAAAACUCCAGCUGGAGCUGAGAGGGACUCCCUUGCCCCCAGUGCCACUGGGAUGUGUGGUGCUCCAGCUGUGCUAUGAUGCCAUCUCUUGUCAAGCCAAAACAACCGGACAAAGGAGCAGGAGCAGAGAAUGUGCAUGUGGAGCCUUCCCCAUCCUUGGAAAGGGAAGCUGCCCCGACACUGCCUUGGGGCAUAGAGUGCAAGUCACAUUCUUGAGUAUUAAUGGUGUGCUACUACAAUUCGACUUUUACUUACAGGAAGGAUUUGGAAUGCCUACCCUACUUUGAGCAGGGGAGAGAGCAGAGUUAACCUUUGUGCAUUUUUAAAUUACUUUUCUCAGUCUAUGAAACAGGCAUGAGCACGAGUUAAUAUGUUACUCCUCCUGAGCCCAGAAAUAAAGGCUGAAGAGGGGAAACAGUUGAGCCCACUGCUGAGAAAUGAGCAGCAGCCUAAUAAAAGGGGAAUCUAGUGCAGUGAAGGCCAGCUUUUAUCCGUAGUCUAUUUGGCAUAGCGAAGCCCAAGAACGCCUUGUUCCUGCCCGUGCCCAUUGCUUACAGUGCCGCUGCGUGGGGAUGGUGGGGACUGCACCUGCGGGGACAGGGAGAGACAGGUAACCUUGUCUCUCCUUAUCUGCAGUGCUUCGCGUGUGAUACAGUGGCUCUCGUCAAUGAAUUGCUUUGUUGUCUUAGAGAAAAGGUUUGCCACAUGUGGCAACAUGGCAAGUAUUUCUCUGCAGGGACUUUAGACAUUUCAAAAGAUAACCAAGGAGCAGUAAUGUCCCUGUAGAGCACUUGGGAGGUGUGUGUAAGUGCAGCACAGCUGCAGGAGAGGCAAAGCUCAGGUAUUCUAGAAUAAAGCUGAUGCUAGAGCUGAAAGCAGGCAAUUCAGUUCCCCAUGUCUGAUCAGCUUAAAAAAAAAUCCAACAGUUCCAGCGCCCCUACCACAUAAUCCAGGUGCUAGCACUGUUUUAAUCUUGCACUCCACCAAUCCAAGGAGAAAAGCAAAACAGUUAAAAGUAAGUCUUGUUCAAAUACAAAGGGAAAGCUUUGCAUCAGAAGUGAUUUCCUAUGCCCAAGAGGAGCUUCUGCAUCUGGUAAAGUAAGUACACUAAGGUACUUUGCCUCCUCCUGCAGUUGCUGGAUAAUUAUUCUCAGAGGAAAUCCUCCAUCAUGGUUGUACAUAUUUUCUUUCAGCCGUGGGCUUCUGGAAUGGCAUGGGCCAUCCCCUCCUUCCCAGGCACAGGUGGUCCUUGGAGAGAGCUGCAGGGGGGGCAGGAUCCACAUGAACAGAUUAUGGGAACUUCCACAACUGUCAAAAGCCACUUCUCCCAGCCAGAGAGAAGUUGCUUUAACUGAGCUUUUCCAUUGAGCCUUAGGUAUUGUGUAUUUCUGAAUGAAUGGUGCAUUUACCGUUGUAUGUAAAUGUAUAUAGUAUGCAAUAUAGUAUUUUAUUUCAUGUGCCCUUGGAAAGGGUUAUUUUGUGCAGCCAAAAAAACAGAUGGAAAAACUAGAAACCCCUCUCUCAUUCCUGUUAGAGAGAAAAGCCCAACUUCCUGCACUUGAUUAAUGUAUAGCAUCAUUCACAUUGAAUGAUAAUGAAGAAAUUCUUGGCUCUCGAAGCUGAGCACAUGUGUCUGAAUAAAAGCUAGAAGUAGCAGUAAGUGGAGAUUCAAUAAAUGUACUACUUAUUUUUC